AUGCCUCGCUUACUCAAGCGCUCGCAGUUACCUCUGUACGUGAAACGGGCGAUAUGUAGCUACCACGCGGCCCACCCUCACCUGCGCCAGGAAGAUGUGGCUCGAUGGUGCUUCACGAGGUACGGCAUCCGUCCCGACCGAUCCACCAUCGGUCGUGUCAUUCGAAACGAGGCCCGCUGGAGCUCCACUUCCGAGAGCAGCAACACUACUCGCGUUCGUGGUGGGGCUCAUCCUGAUCUGGAGCGGCGCAUGCUCCGUUGGAUCGGGAACGCGGGACCAGCCGGCAUCCCUCUAACACUCGCGACCAUCCGUCAUCACGCGGCGGGAAUGGCGCGAGACAUGGGCAUUCCCGCCUCCUUCAGGUGCUCCGUCGGGUGGGUUCGCCGCACCAUGCGUCGUCAUGGUAUCCGGUGCAUGGCCACGCGCGAAGAGGCGGCCGACCAGGACUUGGCGGCGGUUAUGACUUGCAAGACGCAGCUGCCCGCGCUCCUUAUGCACUUGACCGUGCAGCCGGCGGACGUCUUCAACUUCGACGAGACCGCCCUCCCGCGCACGGUGCAGCGAUGUUGGUGGCGUACCGGUUGCCUCCCGAACGCGUGGGAGAUGCAGCUGGAGCAUGUCGGCGAUGCGGCUGAUGCAGACGAGGAGGCCGUCGACGAGCUCGCAGAGGAGCUGGGUGACGUCGGCGCGUUGAUCCGGCGUCUCGACCUCGGCUCCAGCGCAAUGCCCGCGGAGGAGUUCGUCGCCAUUGACGACGACCAACCGACUUGCGCGGAGCCGGGCGAGGACCCGCUCGCCACCGAGCCGCCCACGGAGGCGACGGCCGAUUCGUGGGACCCGCCCGUUCCUUUUGCCGGUGUCUACGAUGACCUCGACCCGGUUUCCCGCGAGGCAAGGCGCAACGCGCGUGCGGCCUGCGAGAUGCUGAUCGGGUACUCUCGCGCCGUGGGGAUCGAGCCGCGCGACAUUAGUAACCUUUUCGACAUCCGCAACCCCAUUAUUGUGGAGCGGCUUGAGAGGGCAAGCCCUCGUCUUGAUCUCAACGAGCCUGCCGAAGCCCCGACUCCUGCGCCUGCUCGUCGCGGUCGCGUCCUCCCGAUGUGGAUGACGAGGCCAUCGCGUCGCCAGGAGCUGAUCAACGGCAGCAUUACCGCCGUCAUGGGGGGCUACCCUGAGUCUGCCGAGUGGUUCCGCAUCUAA